GUUUCAUUUUAGUGUUACUCAUCGUCACAAGCAUGGUAUAUACAAUCAAGCGACUUUAUUUCAUGAAUUUAAAUUUUAAGGUCAAAUGAAAAAAAAUUUAUACGACUAUACGUUCUUAUAACAAUACGGAAGUUUUUACGCACAAUAUCCACUUCUUUUCCCAUGGUUGCGCUUCAAAAAAUAUGAAAGUCAAGAUACUUGUUCUUACGGUUUUUAAGCAUAUAUACCUUACUGUCGCUAACGCUUUAUUACUUGGUGAAACAGGUCUAAUAUUAUCUGGCGAUUUCUGGUUAUUAUACAUUUUUUUUAAAAGAGCGAGGUUAGUAUUUUUUUUACACUUUCUUUUUCCACGCCAGGGCUUCAACCCUGGGGGCGAGUUGAUUUUUUUAAAGUUUUUUAUAAGAGUUUUUUCGUAACCCUUUCUCAGCCUUAAAUUUCCUUAUUUGUUUUCUUCCAAAAUAUUAAAAUUUUUAAAUAGAUUGUUAAAAUUAUACUAUUAAAAAUCUGUUCGUAAAAAGUAAAAUAAUAGAUUCAGAAAUAAAGUCGCAUUGAACUGCUGAUCACGUUCUUAUGAACUAUUUUUUUAUAACAACAAAAUACCUGCAUCAGGUUUUACGUUCAUAAAAAGUCCACGUGGCUUCUGUUAUUGAAUAAUUAAUUAUUAAUGAUGUGAAGUUUCGAAGCAUUUUCUGUACAAAUAAAAUAGACAAAAAUGACCUUUUGAUCAUUAAAAAAAUGUUUGAAAAUAAUAUUUCUUUCAUUAAUUUUAGACUCAUAUUGCGCGGGAUUUUAGGCUGAGCAUGUUCUUAUAAACUAAUUUUUAUUAGGAAAUAAUGUGUCUAAUCAUAGUCAUAAGAAAAAAAGAUAGUCUAGAGGCAACGACCACCGACAUUGUUUACGCAAUGUAUCCUUAACUUAGGUAGGACGACCCUCCGAUAUUGCACGAAAGUUAAACAUGGCGGCUUCAGCACAGGAAGAUUACUUAGCUGGUGACGAACUUGAUGACUUGUUUCAGUUACUUGAUGGUGGUUUUCUUGACGAUGAUGCAAUUUUUAAUGCAGAUGUGAACGCUGUAGUUACUGAAGUAAUGGAUAACGAAAAAAAUAAAGCUGUUUAUCGUUGUCAACAUUGUGAAAUAAUUUGUAAAUCACAACGUGGUCUUACUAGGCAUUGCAAUGUUAAACAUACAUCAGCAACUAUCACAACAGAUUCUUGUGACUCUAGUAUUUCCAUACCACAGCUGUCAAAGGAAGAACAAUGUUUGAAGAAAUUUCACCCCUUAACUUUAAAAUUAAUUGUAAAUAAAUGUGCUGAUUCAUGCUUUAAAGAUUUGUGUUUGCCUGAAAAUAUUAGAUGCUUGUUCUCGAAAGAAAAUUUUUUAUUUUCAACUGAUGAUGCUAUUGAACUAUGGAACAAGUUCAGACCAAUGAUUGAAAAAUAUUCUGGGGAUGCUGAAGAUUUUUACAUGUAUUUUUAUGGCAUGUUGAAGGAAAAUAUCCUACCAUCAAAAUUUGAAGAAACACGAUUUAGCAAUAUUUUACUUGCAGAAGUGGCAAAUCAUAUGUUGACCCAUUUAUCAGGCAUUGGUAAAGAUACACCCAAAGACCUACAGGUGGCAGAAAUUUCAGAAAAAGAGCUCAAAAGUUUAGAUUAUCUUGGUGGAUAUAUUCUUCACAAGCUACAUUCUAGGUUUCGAUUUUCAAAGGCUACUUUAACAAAUCGCACACAAUUUAUUGCACUGCUGCAAGCAUGUAAGGUUGAUAGCGAUGAUUCUCAGACAUAUAUUAAUAUUCGUGAUCGUGGAGGUUUGUGGAGAGUAAACAAAAAAAUGCAAGCAGUUUUCGUUAAAUGUGAACAAAUAUUUCGGUUGUCAACUAUUAAUUUCCAAACCAAAUUGGUAUGUCACAACAUAGUCCACAAGAUGCUAGAAAACCCUUCAAUUUUAUCUAAUUUUAAGAGGGCCUGUUAUGAAGUGGAGCCACAAGUUGAUGAAGAAGUUAGUUUAAACUUGUUGGAGCAUAUGUUAACAUUGUUUACUAAAGUUCGCACCUUUUCAUAUGCUAAAGAUAUUCGUGAAAAACACAAGGCUGCUAAACAGAAUUCAAAAAAACGUGCUUUGAGAGUUGAACUAAAGAAAACAGCUAUUACUAAAGAACUGGGACAUUAA